AUGGCCCAGCACGGAGAAAAUGUUGACGGCCUGCGCGCGCUGAUCCAGUCGCAUCCUCUCAUCGAUAAUCACGCCCACAAUAUUCUGUCCGCUCAACAUGUGCUCAAUUACAAGAGCUACCCUCUUGAAUCCGUAACUUCUGAAGCGCAUGGCGAAGCUCUGCGGCAAUCCCAGCAAACACUGCCUCAUCAUAUCGCAGUCAAACAACUCGCAACGUUGUUUUCGUGUGAACCCUCUUGGGAGGCUAUCAAGGCUGCCCGAGAAGAGUGGGUGACUAGAGAUUACAAAGGCUUUGUGAAAAAGUGUCUCGAGGGCACGCAUGCACUCUUGCUGGAUGAUUUGAUUACCGACUCCGACAUUGAAGACUACAAAUGGCAUGACCAUUUCACAGCGUCCAAGACAAAGCGCAUCGUGCGUAUUGAGACUGUCGCAUCGAAGGUCCUGGACGACUUGUCUGUAGCAGAGCAGACCUCAAGUGUUCGGCCCACGCUCACCCGAUUUGUACAAUUCUUGAAGCAGCGCAUCCGGCGAGACAUCAAGGACCCGGAAGUGGUUGGCUUCAAAUCGGUUGUCUGUUACCGAACUGGAUUGGACGUUGCAGUGACACCAGCUCCUACAGCUCCCCAUGCAGCCGACUAUCUUGCUGCGGUCGAGAAGUCAUUCCAGCGAAUUGUCCGUAAAGGAGCACCAUUUAGAAUUGCCGAUAAGGCGUUCAAUGACUAUGUGGUGACGCUAACGCUAGACGUCAUUCAAGAAGCCGCGGAAUGGAGUGAUGCCAAAACGAAGCCUAUACAAUUCCAUACUGGCCUGGGAGACUCAGAUCUAGACUUGGUGCGCGCCAAUCCUGCAUAUUUGCAGCCUCUUAUUACCCAAUAUAAGAAGAUUGAUUUUGUACUACUUCACUCUUCCUACCCAUACACCAGAGAGGCCGGUUACCUUGCUUCGGUAUAUCCCAAUGUAUACCUCGAUCUUGGCGAGGUAUUCCCUAUGGUUAGUAGGGAUGCCGAGGAAUCAAUUUUGCGACAGAGCUUUGAUCUGACGCCAACGAUCCGUUUACUAUGGAGUACGGAUGGACAUUUCCAUCCCGAGACAUUUUGGCUGUCAAAUAAACAAUUCAGAGAUGCAUUGGAAACGGUUUUGGUGGACUAUGUACAAAAGGGUAGCCUUACUCUUGAGCAAGCUAAACAAACGACAAAGGACAUUUUAUUCAAUAACUCAAACGUGUUGUAUAACCUCAACUUACCGCCACCCAAAGACAAAGACAUGCUUCAACUAGCCACGAGAUCCACAGAAUCAGAGGCAACGCUAGAUCUCGAUACACUGGUGACUCAUAACCCAAACCUGGUUGUCUGGGUUCAAUGGGUCGACUAUACAGCCACCGUUCGCGUACGCAUGUUCCCACUUCGAGAAUUCGUCAAAAUCGUCAAGAAUCAACGAAGGAUCGGCAUUACUUUGGCAGUUCUACACAUGUUGCAAGAUGACCUUUUAGCCCCUGGUGGAGCUACCACUGGGCAAUUCUACAUGAGACCAGACCUCUCAACAUUCACUCGCAAUGCCGCUCUGAACUCUAACAGCGCUACGGUGAUGACAUUUUGGAAAGAUGAGAAUGGUAAAGAUCUAGAAGGCUGUCCGCGAACAACUCUUCACAGAGUCGUCACUGCAUUAAAGCCAAUUCAAGUAACACUCGGAUUCGAAAUCGAAGUUGUUUUCCUGCGUAAAUCAGACCAAGAUGGUGGCGAGUGGAAGCCAUUGACCAAGACACAUUCCUGGUCCAACAUGACCACUGACAUUCGUCAAAACGCGCUUUCUAUUCUCGAGGAAAUCGUCACUACUCUAGCCAGCAUAGACAUCCAUCUUGAGCAAUUCCACGCCGAAUCGGCCCCCGGACAAUUCGAGUUCAUCCUCCCUCCAGCUUCACCACUCGCCGCAGUCGACACCCUUCUCAAAGCCCGUCAAACCGUGCAGCACGUUGCUGAAAAACACGGUCUACGCGCUACUCUCUAUCCGCGCCCUUAUCCGUUUGCAGCAGGGACAGCGUCUCACGCGCAUUUCUCCAUCUCCCCAACUUCCCACGAAGAGCCCUUUCUAGCCGGAGUCCUAGAACACUUCCCGUCGAUAACCGCUUUUUCCUUAUCGCAAGAAAUCAGCUACUCCCGAGUUGCCUCUGGUGUAUGGGCAGGAAGUGAAUGGGUAACAUGGGGAUCUCAGAACCGUGAAACGCCGAUCCGCAAGAUCGAAGCGGGGCACUGGGAGCUCAAAUCUAUUGAUGGUUUGGCAAAUAUGUAUUUUGCCAUGGCCGCGCUUCUUGCCGCUGGUCUGAUUGGCAUAGCUAAUGAAACACCGCUGAUGCACGCGGACUGCCCUGUUGACGCUGCAACAUUGUCGACCGAGGAACGCGAGAUGUUAGGUAUUGUACAGCAGAUCCCGAAGACAUUGGAGCAGAGCCUUGCUGCGUUGGAGGCCGAUAAAGAUUUGCGUAGGAUAAUGGGUCCCAGAUUCGUAGAAAGAUAUUGUGCUGUGAAAAGAGCAGAAAACCAAAAGUUGGCGGCGAUGGAGGAGGGUGAAAGGAAGCAGUGGUUGAUUGAACGAUAUUAG